AUCCAUAGUUUUCUUUGCUCCUUCAUAUAUUUAUAUAUAAAAUAUUCCAUAAACUAUAAAAGCUUUUUCCCAGUGUUCAUGGCCCCUAGUUUUGCAAUCUCUCCCACCCUUAUAUAUACCACCUUCUCUCCCUACAGUCUUUCCCUACAGUCUUCUACACUCUUUUCACAUAUUUCCACAAUUUUCUUUUGACACUUCAUUAUGUCUUUUGCCAAUAUCAAAGCUUAUCUUCUUGAUUCAAACCAACCCAUUUACACUAAUCUGUAUUGAAAACCCUUGAAAGGCUUGCUUUUUCUUCGUGGGAUUUUUGUGUUCUUUGUUGGGUUUCUUUUUUUGUUUUUCUUGAGUUUUAAGACUCCGGGGUUUUGUUGAAUGAAAUCAAGCUUUAUGAUGGUGGAUGGUGGUGGAUUGAUGGAUCAAAGGAAGGGUAUUAUGAAAAUAAGACAUGUAAACAACAAGGUGAGAUACGUUAAGAGACCAAUCAAGAAGAAGAAGAACAGAUCAUCAUACAGGGAAAGAAAAGAUCCUAAAGUGCUACAAAAGCUGUUUGAUUCAUGUAAGGAAGUGUUUGAAGGCCCUGAAACUGUUCCAUCUGAUUCUGAUGUCAACAAGCUAUGCAGCAUUCUUGAUGAGAUGAAGCCAAAACAUGUGGGGCUUAGCAAAAACAUGCAGUUCUUCAAAUCUAAGAGUGUGGAGAAAGGAACUCCAAGUGUUGCAUAUACACCCAUUUACCAAUGUGAUGAGUUCUCGCUUUGCAUUUUCUUUCUUGCAGCAAAUGCAGUCAUCCCUCUCCAUAAUCAUCCAGGGAUGACUGUUUUCAGCAAGCUUUUGCUGGGAGAUUUGCAUAUAAAGUCGUACGAUUGGGUGGAUUCUAUGCCGCCACCUGAAUCCCAGCCGAGAUUGGCAAGGUUGAAAGUCGAUAGCGUGUUGAAAGCGCCAUGCAAGACCUCAGUGUUGUAUCCUACAACAGGAGGUAACAUCCAUGAAUUUAGAGCCGUAACACCAUGCGCGGUGCUCGAUGUUCUCGGCCCUCCUUACUCUAAAGACGACCGUGAUUGUUCUUAUUACAAAGAGUUGCAACACUCGGCUUUGUCAAAUGGAGAAAGUAGUAGAGUGAAUGAAGGAGGAAGUGAUUAUUUGAGAUGGUUGAAAGAAAUUGAAGUGCCCCAGGAUUCACACAUGGAGAGAAUUGACUACUGGGGUCCUCAGAUCGUAGAUUAGGAUCUACGUUAUUACAAACAUAUUUCUACUUAAUCUUUGUUAAAUAUUAAAAAAAUGUUAAUUAGCCACUGGUGUAAUGAUAAUACAAGAGUUUACAUUGUCAUUAUUAUGUUGUUAGUCGAUAACUAAUCUACCUUGGAUGUUUUUUAUUUCUUUAUCUUAUAAAAGCAUUAUAAAAUUAUAUCAAA